UUUUCCCAUUCUACCGAAACGAAUACCAAACUAAUCAGGUGGUUAUUCGACAAAACACAUCUUCGGAGGUCAUUAAUAACGUGUUUCCGAUAAAGCGAUACAAAAUCAGCACACUGCUUAACGAUUUCGAUGCAUGACUCAGUGCUCCCGGUAUCAUCUUAUCGCCAUACGUGUUUAUGUUUUCAAAACUAGAAUCAGUAACAGAGUGUACUGCGUUUUGUAGACAUUAUUUAUCAUUUGCCAAAGUUUCUAAAAAUGCUGUUGUUUAGGAGUGCAAGGCCGAAUUGAGUUAUUGCGCACGCGCACUGCACAGAGUUGUCGUUUUCUAGCAGAAAUAUGCAAAUAAAUGCUAGAACCUCGUUUGUUCUUUGAGUAUUUUGCUCCCAUUGGAAACAGAAGGCCAUAUUCUAGCUUGGUUAUAUCUAACAAUUACACAACAACUACCUAAUACACACAAAUCUAAAGGGAUGGAAUUAUAAAGUAGCCUACAUUUAAAAAAAUAUAUAUAUAUUUGUUGUACCCUGUUAUUUUCUGUUAUCAGAGCCAGCUGGAAAUACUAAAUACUUUACCGUAAGUACUACUAUUUGGUUGUCUAGCGCAAUUUAAUUGUUGUCUAUGAUGAGUAAGUACAUUUGCAUUAUUUUGUGUAAUAUUGAAACCGGGAGUUCUGUAGUUGAAAAGAUAGACAUUGGACAUGCUUCUACCCUUUUGCACCUCGGGUAUCGUCGUUUCGAUAAUAUAUAGCCAUCAUAGUUUUUUACGCGUUGGCCUCAAUCAUUACGGUACAAUUCUAUGGUGACGUUCUUUCUGAUUUCGUAGCCACAUUGAAAUAUCAUAUAAUAGCUACAGUGAGUUAGAACACAAUAAGUAGCUAGCUAGAUUCAUCAGCCGACUACUACACAUAUAGCUGCCGCUAACGUUACUAGUUAGUUAGCUAACGUUAGCUAAGUUACAGUGAUACCGCCACGUCUUCUUAACCUCCCACUGGGCUACUGAGUGACCCUUUACAAUGGCCGCUGAAAGAAAACGUAAGCGAUCGGGCAUCGAAGAUGUGAGAGACAGAAAAGCAAAGGUUAUUAAAGACAGCGGUGAGAAGAGACACAUCGCAGCCCUGAUCCUCGCGAGGGGAGGCAGUAAGGGGAUCCCCCUGAAGAAUAUCAAAAUGCUAGCCGGUGUCCCGCUCAUUGGAUGGGUUCUCAGAGCUGCAGUGGACUCCAAACAGUUUGACAGUGUGUGGGUAUCAACUGACCAUGAUGACAUUGAGAAGGUAGCCAAGGCAUGGGGAGCUCAGGUUCACCGCAGGAGCCCAGAGGUGUCCAAAGACUCCUCCAGCUCUCUCGACACCAUCCAGGAAUUCGCCAGAUUAAACCCAGAGGUGGAUGUGAUCUGUCACAUCCAGGCCACGUCUCCCUGCCUGCACCCCUUCCACCUGAAGGAGGCCCUGGAGAUGAUCACCAAGCAGGGCUUCACGUCCGUCUUCUCCGUGGUCCGACGACACCACUUCCGCUGGCAGGAGGUGAAGAAAGGAGGUAAUGCAGCCACCCAGCCUCUCAACCUGGAUCCAUCCAACAGGCCCCGGAGACAGGACUGGGAUGGAGAGCUGUGUGAGAACGGAUCUUUCUAUGUCUCCACCAGAGCCCUUAUAGAGGAAGGUGUUUUGCAGGGGGGGAGGUGGGCUUACUAUGAGAUGCUGCCAGAGUACAGUGUGGAUAUUGAUGUGGAUAUCGACUGGCCCGUGGCAGAACAGAGAGUACUGAGGUUUGGUUACUUUGGUCUGGACAAGCCUGAGGUGGUGCGUCUGCUGCUGUGUAACGUCUCCGGCUGUCUGACUGACGGCCGCGUCCUCAUCUCUGUCUCUGGAGAGGAGAUGGUCUCAGUCAACACCAGAGAUACUAUGGGAAUCCGCAUGCUGCAGAGAGAGGGGGUGGAGGUGAUCCUGAUCUCGUCCAGUGAGGACCUUCUGACCAAGGCCCUGGCUGACAAUCUGUCCCAGAGGACAGGCUGCGAGGUCAGACAGCUGGGCAAGGACAUCCAGUGUGAAGUCAAAGCCAUGAUGGACGACAAGGAUCUGGACUGGAAGGAGGUCGCCUAUAUGGGUAAUGAUGCACCAGAUGUUGACUGUCUGAACCUGGCUGGGCUGAGUGCAGUACCCCGGGACGCUCCAGUGGUGGCGAUCAACGCUGCUAAAUACUCCUGCCACAGUGCUGCAGGCCUGGGGGCUGUGAGGGAGUUUUCUGAACACAUCCUGCUGCUCAAGAAGAAGGCCAAGUCUCAGAUGGAACAGGACCGCAUCCACAGAAAUACAUUCUAAAUGCUAGAAUGUGUUCUAAAGUCACAGAGAUCCAUUCUAAACUCUAGAAUGUGUUCUAAAGUCACAGAGAUCCAUUCUAAACUCUAGAAUGUGUUCUAAAGUCACAGAGAUCCAUUCUAAACUCUAGAAUGUGUUCUAAAGUCACAGAGAUCCAUUCUAAACUCUAGAAUGUGUUCUAAAGUAGGGAUGGGCAUUAGAAAUAAUAUCAUGACAUUGUUUCGGAUAUCCGGAUAGAGAAGAAGUAGCCACUGACUCGCGCUAGUUAGACACUUGUAAAUGCCAUAGGUUAUCUAUCAUCCAAUAUGGCAGUGCAUGUCUUUACUGCAUCAAAUCAAUGUAAAGAUGCAAGCUAAGACAUCCAAAUGUUAGCUAGCUAGUUGAGGCGCUGCCUGUCCUGAUCUACAACAACCCUGUUCAGAUUAAACAGCCUAUACUGAAGGUUGCUCAUUGUAGCCUACUCCUCAUUUAGUUGACUUAAUUCUGUCAUUUUAAUUCAACUUUUCUUUCAUUGAUUAGAGAUCUCCCACUUCACGUUGCUACACAUGGAGCCUCUGACUGUAGUGUCAACAACAGCAAGCUAAGUGAAACCUGUAUAGGCUAAUACCGUAUGUAUUUUUAAAACUAUAUUCACAUUUGAUGUUUUAUUUAAUUAAGAAUUCCAAAUAUCAUGAGUGUAGAAAUGUCCCAUAGAUAAUUUUAUUCAAUUAAGAUGAAGGCUUGUCAUUGUUAAAAUAGGCCUGUGAUUUAUUUGUAUUAAUACUCUCACAAGUAUUCGAAUACUAAUGUCUGUUCGAAUAACUGCCCAUUGCUAGUUUUUACAGGUUGUCAGAUCAAGGUAGUUUGGGUUUUAUAUCGCUACAGGUUGUGUUGACAAAAAUGAAUGUCUUUACUUUAAAUGAAGUAGUAUACAGGAGGCCUUUCAUUUACUUGAGAUUGAUUGUUUUUCUCUUCACUUUCUAAUGUUCUGUCUUCAUUUUGGGGGGAAGUAUUAGGACAUUAACUUGGAGUUGCACUGAGAUUCUUGUUGUUUGGGGUGUUUACUUUUGUAUUUUGCCUGCAAUUUGUUUGUAAAAUUAUAUAUGAUCAUAAACGUAAGAAACACUU